AUGCGUGUACUUAGAUUAUCUAUAGGCGCCUCAGGAGUCUUAGGAACUGCUGUACGCGAAGCUUUCGAACGUGCAGGGGAUUUCAAAAUCCUCAGUCUUUCUCACACGCGAUCAGGCAACGACCUAAUCAGACUCGACCUGACUGAGAGGAACGAGGUCGACAAAGUGUUCACUGCGUUUAACCCUGACUGGGUGAUCCAUUGCGCUGCAGAAAGGAGACCGGAUGUCGCAGAAAAGGAUCCUGAUAGUACCCGCAGACUCAAUGCAGAAGUUCCCGCUCAUCUCGCGUCCAUGGCCAAAUAUUUAAAUUACACUCUGGUCUAUAUUUCCACGGACUAUGUGUUUGACGGUACUUCUCCUCCUUACAGUCCGUCUGCAAAGACGAACCCGCUUCAGCUCUAUGGAGAGAGCAAACGCGACGGUGAAGAGGCCGCAAUGUCCAUAGACGGCGCAAGGGUCAUCGUCCUGAGAGUCCCGGUCCUGUACGGCCCAGCGCCGAAAAAUUCUGAUAGCGCCAUCAACAUCCUACUCGACGUCGUUCAAGACCAAUCAGGGAAAACUUACAAGAUGGAUCACUAUGCAACGCGUUACCCUACCAACGUUGUUGACAUCGCUAAUUUCCUGAUCAAGCUUACUGAGCUCAAGAAGCCCAUUCCUCCCAUUCUCCAUUAUUCCGCUGCCGAACCCUUUACCAAGUACGAGAUCUGCCUCGUAUUUUCCAAGAUACUCGGGUUACCCCACAAACACAUCAUCCCUGAUGCCGAACCGCCCACAGGUCCCGGAGCAACGACGCGACCCAAAGAUUGCCAGCUUUACACUGAAGAGACCGAGGAACUUGGAAUCGAGGGUGGCCUUGGCUUGUCGCUCUUCGAAGAAUGGUGGACUCAAUACCUUCAGAAGUAAGCCACACUAUAUCAUCGCCCUCAGGAUCGCACCGUCUUUUAUGCUGUAAUUAAGAGGAUGUUCAACCAAUAAAUGUACAGAUUCCGGGAAAUUCAGGUCCAGUUUCAACUUUCCCCUUGGAGCUCAUCUUUCCUAGCUGCAAUCUGCCGACUUUGUGAUCCUGCCUUGCAGCGUCGAUAUGUGGGAACGACGUGGACAGUCCAUGGAAUGUAGUAGGAACAUCUCAGUCCAAAUGCUUACUGUAUAACAUUUUUCGGACUGUUCAGGCCGUCUCGCCACAUGCUGAGCCC